AUGAGGGCACUGUCAAUCACCCAUUUGACGAGUGGAGAUGGAUUCCCAAGGGCGUUGUUUCAAGUUAAUGGAAUAAAAGCAGCUCGUCCAGAUUUUGUUGAUUUCAAUCAUACAGGCUCCUUCAUAAACAACAUGGCACUGGUGGACACAGAGAUUGUAGCAGGUCUGGUUCGUUUGAGUGGCGAAACUGAUCCAUGGAGAGCAGUUGUCGUAAGAUGCUCCUCCGUUGUAAGAAGCACAGUAGUUUUGACAGAUGGAGAGAAGACUUGCGGAUGCAAUGGAGACGAGAGCGAAGAGCAAGAAGUAACGGAACAUCUGGAAAUGUGA